UGGUCCCUCAGGCGCUGACGUCGGAGCUGAACAUGUACGAGUCGCACGCGCAGGAGUACAAGUACGAGAUGGAGCGGCUGGCUGAGGAGCUGCAGAGCGUCAAGAAGAAGUACCUGAGCCAGAAACGCAAGGAGCAGCAGGCCAAGCAGAAGGAGCGGGCACUGGUCCCGGUGGGGCCCCCCGACAUCCAGCCGCAGCGGGUGGACGGACCGCGCUUCGCCGGGGGCGGCUUCAACCUCAAGCAGACCAACAGAGUCACCGCCUAGCACCGGACCGUACAGCACACACACACACACACACACACACACACACACACACACACACACACACACACACACAAACAAACUCUCUCUUUUUCUCUCUUGCGAUCUCUUUUGUCCUCCUACCAUCCUUCCUUUCUUUUCUCUUUCUUUCUUUGUCACCCCCCCUCUCUCUCUCAUUCCUUCCAUCCCAUGCUAUCUUCUCUCUCUCUCCAUGUCUCUCUCUCCCUCUCUUUCUGUGUCUCCCCCUCUCUGUCUCAUUUUUCUCUGUAUCCCUCCAUCCCUCCCUCUAUCCUCUGUCUUGUACUCCCUCUCUUGUGGGCUCCAUUGUCCCUCCUCUUACCCCUUUCUCUGUUUCUCACUCCUGCUCUCUCCAUUUCCCAAACAUCUCCCUCUCUCUGUCAGCCCCCCACCCCCCCCACCACCACCACCACACACCACCACACCCCCCCACCAGACAUGGUUAUCUUGUCCCCACCUCCCUCCUCUUCUCCUCAGAGUGCCCACUCCUACCCCUCUUCAUGCUGCCUUCCCAGCAUGGCUAACAAAGACAGAACUCUAUCACACACACACGCACACGCACACACACAGUAAGUUUAUAAAUAAAUAAAAUAAGCUAAUUGAUUGAUUCCUAAA